UUUACAUUGUUCUCAUAUGCCUGGUGUGUCUGAUGCAGUUUUCAACUUGUGUUCUGGUGGAGUUUCCAGGACCAUGUCCUCACCGACUCAAGUUGAAGGACAUCUGGUACCCAAAGAACUGCAGCGUGUGUGAGUGUCUUGUCAGCAGGUUUGUCUGCAGGAGGUGUCCCCUGAGUAAAACGCAGUACAACACCACCAUCUGUUACCGCGACUUCCACAAAAAGGUGCUGUUCCCCAUGUGCUGUGACAGCGACAUCAAGUGUCUUGGAGAGGACGGGUUCGACUCCAACCGGCUCCGUGAACAAAACAGCCCUAUAGGAGAGUGAAAGCGUCUCACACCAGCUCUCUGGGUUUAGGAAUUAAACGCUUCGUGAUAUAACAU